AUGACACUGUAUGACGUCCAGACCUACUUAUCUGUCUUCAUGGUUAUGGUGUUGUUUGUUUAAAAGUCGGCUCAUCCAUCUCCAGCUUCAUUUAAUCCUGAUUUCUACAGACUUGUUGUCUCUUGUUUUCUCACAGCAAAGGAAAAAAGCCUAGGGGCUAUACUGUAGUCGCCAAAUGAUGUAGCUUUUGGGUAACAGAUUUAUGUCAUGGUUAAUUCACUCGCAGGAAUCUUUUUUAAUGAGCUCCUCUUGUGAAAUACUGGCACAUACCGCUCAGUGUGAACGGACAGUGUUUGCCAUACAUCAUACCUCUCUCCUCCUGAUCUGACAAUGUGUCGCUGCAAUAAAAAAGGGAGCUGGCAUUGGUGAAGCCUUGUGUUUGUUUAGUGAAGAGACAGACAAAGCGAACAAGGAUCCAGUGUGUGGAGAGGUGUCAGGGUCCAGGCCAAAGUUUCAAUCUCCUCUUGCGUGAUUACCUCAUUUAGCUGCAGAGUGACAGGGUGUCAGAUGUGGUCACAGCGGGGUGAAAGUCUGCUCCUGCGGGACACAGAUUAUCAGGGGAGCCUCAUAACCUGCACUUCCCAGCGUGGCCCUCAGGUUCAGCGGCUCAACUGUUGGCAAAAACAACCUUGUCCAGGCUGUAAAUGGAUAUCUGCCCCGAGUUACGCUCCACCAAGCCAGACCACUGAAUUAUUCAAAAAGAGUGGAGUCCUUCCAUUUCAAGCUGUAACUGCACAUAUUCAGACAUAGAUAGCCUAUUCCAUGUCCUGUCAGUUUAUAACUGCAACCCAAAGUGCAUGAGUAUAACAGCUGAUUGCAUUUGUUAGCAUGUGACUGCUCACCUUGUCUACCUGCUGGUGAUUCAGCAACAAAACAAGCCUGUCAGCACUUUAGAUUUCAGGUCUGUAUUGGCCAGCAAUGCAGGCUAACUUGAAAUCCUGGUUUUAUUUGGGCAAGUAUUAUUUGCAAGAGGAGGAUUAGAGACAUGAGCUCCAUCUCUCUUUGACUGCUUUUGGCAUGCUGCUGGAAUUUGAAUGCUGACUGACAUAUCUGUGCAGAUACAGUACUGCUACUCCUGAUUUGAAUAGUUUGAACAUCCUUCAGUCUCUGCUAUAAUUCCUUUAACAGCAUUGCUUGUGUUUGUGUGAGAAAGUCAGCAGGACUCAGCGGUGUACUAUGUGGUCUGGAGUUAUGACUCUGAAACACUUUCAGAGCUACUGGAACAGAAAGAGCUCCUAUUCUCUACUUGUAGCCUUCACAUAAACACCCACACACAAAAGCAAAAAGGAGGAGAAAUUAAGUCAUGAGGGGGUGUCAUGGAGUCAUUGGGCAGUGUCUGGGCGGUGUCUGGGCGGUGGAGGUGAUUAACUAUUUGCAUUCCCCUUUGGUUAACCCUGUGAAAUAUCACCUCAUCACAACAAUAGGGCUGCUUCACCCCCGAGCUGACAAGGCAAGAGCAGAGGGUGCUUUUUCAACGAGGGCCGAAAGUGGGUUGCUAUGGCAAUGCUUGUCAACCGGGAAGUCCUGCACGGAGGAAGGCAGGGCGGAGAGUAAGAGAGAGAGAAAGGGAGAGAUUGUGUGUCCUGGAGAGUCUCAGUUAGAGAGCAGCGUGGGUUACGAGCAACACUGACAGAAAGAGGUGUGAGUUCAUUUGUUGGAGCCACUUUAAGAUUAUUUUGAUGCUGGGCACAAGCAUUUCAUCUCUGUCACACAAGGACCAAAACUGAUCACAUGCAGUCUCAGCAACGUGUGGAGGUGGUCGGUGAUCCAAACGGCUCCCGGGUCAUCUUCUCCGGGGAUGAUGGCGUUUCCUCAGGCCAGCAGAUCCUGACUUCUCCAGUGAUGACCCAUGAGGUGGUGGUCAUCUCCCCUGGGCUCCCCACGCCUCCUCUGAGCCCUUUCCGCUCUAUGGGGUUGUCAUCUGGGGAGUUUAAGGUGUCAGAAGUGAAUGGAAAUGGACUAACAAAUCUCAGCUUUGGAUCUUAUUAUGGUCCAAACCAAGGGCAAGAUGGACUGUCCAAUGGCGUCCAAGGCCACACCACUUUACCACGCAGCAGGACUCCCACCAGAGAGGAGAGGCUUAUCAAGUUCUCAGGAAUUGGUCCAGUAGAUGAAACUGGGAUGCCCAUUGCCUCCAGAUCAAGUGUGAACAAGCCCAGAGACUGGUACAAGAGCAUGUUCAGACAGAUUCACAAGAAGCCAGAGGAACCUGAGAUGGAAGAUUCAGACCGAUGGUCAUCUGAACGAAUCCAGUUAUCUGCCAACACCACAGAAGAAAGUAAUGAAGCAGACAAGAAUCUCUUCAGGCUAACACCUUAUGGAGCCCUACCAGACUGGAGCGAGGAUGUAGAUAAACUGUCAGACCCGGGAAAGCAGCCCGCUAAACCGAGGAGCAUAUUUGACUUCGAGCCUGGAAAGAGCAGCAACUCGGAAAGCCAAAACCAGGUUCAUACAUCCCAGAAGAAACAACCGGAGACACCGAAUCCCCCUUCAGUUGAGGCCAGCCUGGUCUCCGAGCUGAGCCGCUUUGAGGCUGAGCUGGACUCGGAGAUCCAGGGCCUGGAGAGGAGACUUUCCCAGAAGAAGCAGCGUCGAGGCCGGGGUGAGGAGGCCAGAGGCAAAGAGCUGGUAACUGAACCAAAGACUGGGACUCCAAACUACAGCAAUUCAUCAGCAGCGAAGCAGCCUGUCCAUCGCUCUGUUGGCUCAUCAUUGACCUCUUCCCCCACACAUGUAGAUCGCCUUUCUCCUGCAAAUGAAACCAUGGAGCUCCCGGCUAAGAAAGAGGAGAAAAAGAUGAAAGCAGCACGAGCCAAGUUCAGUUUCCAAGCUCAGUCACCGAAAGAGCUCAUGCUGCAGAAAGGCGACAUUGUUUACAUCCACCGGCAGGUAGAUGCCAACUGGUUUGAAGGAGAACAUCAUGGACGAGCGGGCAUAUUCCCCACAUCUUAUGUGGAGAUUCUGGCUCCUACGGAGAAGCCAACACCGAUAAGGUCUCCCACUCUGCAGGUGUUGGACUACGGGGAAGCUGUGGCUCUGUUUAACUUCAACGCUGAUCUACCUGUUGAACUUUCUUUCCGGAAAGGCGAGGUGAUCAAUGUAACCAGGCGCGUUGACGAUAAGUGGUUAGAAGGGAGGAUCUCAGGGACCAACCGGAGCGGCAUCUUCCCGUCCAACUAUGUCCAGGUCAACAAGAUGCCCCGCACCAGAUUGUCUUCUGAAGACUUCCCAGCGGGGGGCCCCAUGUCUCCCGGACCCCAGAGUCCAGGCCGUCCGCUGCACUCCCCCUGCCCGCGGUCACCCUUAUCCCCUUUCACCCCCUCGUCCCUCAGCCCUAAACCCGGGAACUCCCCUCUGAAUCCGUCUUCACCUGUUCCUUACAGCAGCCCAGCUUCACAAUCACGCUCCCCCACUCAGACACCCGUAUCCAAAGAAACAGCCAAUCGAUGGCCCUCAAAAACGGCUUCACCCACCAACCUGAACAACAACCACUGGGCUGGGACACAAUCUGCUGUUUCCCACAGAGUAGGAGUAACCACAGCCAACACUCCCAGACACACUGACCCCCCACAGGGUGCGAUACCAAACCAGACGGCUCGGUCACACGUUAACUCCCUGCCACAAGUGCCAAACAACCCUGAUUCCACAGCGGUGCCACGACACCCACAUAAAGCUGUUUACAACUACAAACCACAGAAUUCAGAUGAGCUGGAGCUCAGAGAAGGAGACGUGGUGCAAGUGAUGGAGAAAUGUGACGAUGGCUGGUUUGUAGGUACGUCAGAACGGACUCGUGCUUUUGGGACUUUUCCCGGGAAUUACGUGGCACCUCUUUGACCUCUGCAAUUCCUGCUUGCCCACAUCCACCUGGACUCAUACGAGCCCGAACAAACACUCGCUAAAGCUCAGAUCCUUCUCUGACACCCCAGCCUUUCUUCAUUCCAUUACACCCACCACCCUGCUAAUCCCAGUUAAGUCCGACCUGCAUGUUCCCUCUGUUGCCCAGAACAGAGGUGAAGGCAGGGACAACGAGUGGUUUCUCACCUCACCUCCCUGCAUGAGUGCAUGUGUGUGUGUGUGUGUGUUGUACUGAGACGUUGGGAGUGUUUUCACACGCAAUACUUGAGAGGAAAGAAUGAAUGCUGAUGAUACUGUUUCAGAUGCAAAGAAUGGACUUUUUUGUUCCGCAACUAUUUGCAGCUGCAGGACAUUUGCAUUCCUUCUCAGUGAACAGCACUGUUCCUUUUGAGAUCCUCAUAGUUUCUGUCACCACAGUGCCAUCACAAACCACUGCUGAGCAUUUAUGAAUUAAUAAGGCACAUUUUUCAGGAUUUUAAAUGGAUUAAUGUUUAAUUCAAUUACUUCCUCAGAUUGUUUUUCAGAUCUUUGAAAAUACCCUGGGCAUGUUUGAGGAAACAACAAGAACAUCUGUAGAAAUCUGCGUAAUGUAACGUAAUGGCUCGGACAUAUCAAGAGACAGCCUAAUACAAGGCUAUGCAAGAGUGGUUAUAAUAAAUGUGUGAAUUGGUUUAAUAAGCAAGUUAAUAAUGAGGGAAAUGUGGCUCUUUUGGAUGUCCCUCCCAAGCCAUAGAGAGUGAUGCCAAAUGUGAAAGUUAAGAGAGGUCAUGUUCUGUGCUGGAAAGGAAGUUUCUUUACGAUGAAAUGUAAAACUUCUAUAAAUUGUACAAGAUCCGCCUUGUUGCAUAACCUAUAGCUAAGUCUGGAUAAUACUUCCAUAUUAAUGGUAAAUUAUCUUUUAAUGUACAUGUAUUUGAAGCAAAGCUCUGCCAAAUGUAACAUUUCAUGGCAAUUCUCUUUUUAAAUCGCCAUUUAAAAAUUCCCUGCUCACCUUAUUUCUGCUACUGCUGCUUUUAUCAUGUGUAUCUGCUUUCAGGGUUAACAUUCUCACAGUAUUUCCAAAAUCACACGUGUUUUUAACAGUGCAACUUUUUAAAAGUGUGACCUUGAAAGCUAAUUAAAAAUUCUUAUUAUGAGGUCAUUUUUCUAUGAUAUAUACAUGAUUUCACUGUAUAAAUUGAAUCAUAUUAAGUAUAGACACAGGAGAUGAUUGUACAGACUGUAACCUUUUAUCAAAUUGAAAGUAUAAUAUAUAUUUGCUUAUAAAACAAUGUAUCUCAUUUGUAUGGUACGCAAUUUUUUAAAAGCAAUUAAACAUUACAGAGUGAUACUGAGAGACCUCGUUUUCAUGUGUUGAUUUUGGUAAAGUCUGUUCAUAAAUGUUGAUUCAACAAA